AAGCACACGCGAAAAGGGAAGCACGUUCGUGUUUGCCAGAGCCACUCGCCUGCAACCAAGAUAGAUGGGGCAGCCUGUGCCGUGAGCACGGAGAUCGGAAGAGGAAAACAAGGACAAGAAGACAAGCGAGGCAGGAGAAGUUAUCUGGAAAAAUCGGAAGGGAGAAGACAGGGAGAGGAGAAGAAAUCCACAGCAGGUGGAAACAAGAUCCUGAGCAAACCGGUUGGGUCCACAGUUGUUUUUCUGCAAGAGAAGAAAGUAGCGGAGGAUUGCCUUUUUACCCUUCGGUUAAUGAAAAGUACUUUUAUCCUCAUAAAAGAAAAGGCUAAAGGGAGGUGAAAACCUGUUUUCUUAGGUGAAGAGCUGGGGGAAAUCCAGAUUAUCUCUUUUUGAAGUGUUUGAAAUAAGCCAUUGCCUGGUGCGUAUUGCAGAACCAUCCUGUUUUCUGAAGAUUUACAUCCCUUCCAGGAGAAUUCCAGCCGGAGUAGCUGGUACAGUUUUAUUUUUCUAUUUAAAGAUCUAUGUCUCCCCCAACCCCUCCUUAACAACACUUUCCUUGUUUGUUGUAAGCACGAGUGACAAGAAAGUGUCAAUACAGAGUAGAAAUAUUUUCAGUUUUCUCUUUUACCUGCCUGUGUCUUUUUUUAAGAGGGUGGGGAGUGCUCCUUAUUUUGGAAAGGACAUUUGAAUUUGAAAGGCUGUCUGUCUAAACAUAUUUAUGCCCAUACACAUUUAAAAAGAGAGAUACCUUUCAGAGGUUGAAAUCCUACUGAGAAAGAUGGAAAAAGGAGCGAGGCAUCGAAACAACACUGAAAAGAACCACCCAGGUGGGAACCAGACAGAGGCCAGCCCAGAUACUGGGUCCGGAGGGGGCGGAGUAGCCCUGAAGAAAGAAAUUGGAUUGGUCAGUGCUUGCGGUAUCAUUGUAGGGAACAUCAUCGGCUCUGGAAUCUUCGUCUCGCCAAAGGGUGUGCUGGAGAACGCUGGCUCUGUGGGCCUCGCUCUUAUCAUCUGGAUCGUGACAGGUCUCAUCACAGCUGUGGGAGCCCUGUGCUAUGCUGAGCUCGGGGUCACCAUCCCCAAAUCUGGAGGUGACUACUCCUAUGUCAAGGACAUCUUUGGAGGACUGGCUGGGUUCCUGAGGCUAUGGAUUGCUGUGCUGGUGAUCUACCCAACCAACCAGGCUGUCAUUGCCCUCACCUUCUCCAACUACGUGCUACAGCCGCUCUUCCCUACCUGCUUCCCUCCAGAGUCUGGACUUCGACUCUUGGCUGCCAUCUGCCUAUUGCUCCUCACAUGGGUCAACUGUUCCAGUGUGCGGUGGGCCACUCGGGUUCAAGACAUUUUCACAGCGGGGAAGCUCCUAGCCCUGGCCCUGAUCAUCAUCAUGGGGAUUGUACAGAUCUGCAAAGGAGAAUACUUCUGGCUGGAGCCAAAGAAUGCAUUUGAGAAUUUCCAGGAACCCAGCAUCGGCCUCAUUGCCCUGGCUUUCCUUCAAGGCUCCUUUGCCUACGGAGGCUGGAACUUUCUUAAUUACGUGACUGAGGAACUUGUUGACCCCUACAAGAACCUUCCCAGAGCCAUCUUCAUCUCCAUCCCACUGGUCACAUUUGUGUAUGUCUUUGCCAAUGUCGCUUAUGUCACUGCAAUGUCCCCCCAGGAGCUGCUGGCAUCAAACGCAGUCGCUGUGACUUUUGGAGAGAAGCUCCUUGGGGUCAUGGCCUGGAUCAUGCCUAUUUCCGUUGCCCUGUCCACAUUUGGAGGAGUCAAUGGGUCUCUCUUUACCUCCUCCCGGCUGUUCUUUGCUGGAGCCAGGGAGGGCCACCUUCCCAGCGUGUUGGCCAUGAUCCAUGUGAAGCGCUGCACCCCCAUCCCAGCCUUGCUCUUCACAUGCAUCUCCACCCUGCUGAUGCUGGUCACCAGCGACAUAUACACACUCAUCAACUACGUGGGCUUCAUCAACUACCUCUUCUAUGGGGUCACAAUUGCUGGACAGAUAGUUCUUCGCUGGAAGAAGCCUGACAUCCCCCGCCCCAUCAAGAUCAACCUGCUGUUUCCCAUCAUCUACUUGCUGUUUUGGGCCUUCCUGCUGAUCUUUAGCCUGUGGUCGGAGCCUGUGGUGUGUGGCAUCGGCCUGGCCAUCAUGCUGACGGGAGUGCCCGUCUAUUUCCUGGGUGUUUACUGGCAACACAAGCCCAAGUGUCUCAAUGACUUCAUCAAGUUGCUGACCCUGGUGAGCCAGAAGAUGUGUGUGGUUGUGUACCCUGAGAUGGGGGAGAGCUCGGAGACAGAGAUGAUAAAUGAGGACAUAGAGGAGCAGCAGCAGCCUAUCAACCAACCCAUUGCCUCCAAGGACAAGGACUCAGUGGAACAGUCCCAGCCCUGAGGACCACCAUCCCCUCUCAGCUGCCUCCUCCCUCCUUCACCCCCUUUCUGCUCUCCUUCCCUGCCUGGGUCCCCCCAAACACACCCACACACACACACACACACACACACGCGCACACACACACACACACACACACACACACACACACACNCACACACACACACACACACACACACACACACACACACUCUGCUUCUGUCAAGCAGUGACAGGAACUGGGAGUGAGUGGUGAGAAACUAUAAACAAAAACUCUAAUAUUUGUACCCAAAGAACUAGAACUUCACCUGCAGGAACUGUGUCCAAAGCCAGGGCUGCCCUAUGCUCUGAGCUGCUAGAGGAGAGUGGAGCUGCAGGAGUGCCCUAUAGGGCCCUCCCUUCUGGGCCCACACCCUUAUUGCCUCCUCAGGAACAUGAGUUCAGUACUGCCUUCCUUCCCCAUUCCUGAGCCCAAGGGAGGCUUCAGCUCCUAGAGAAGUGGCAGCAACAAGCAAGAGUGAGCCAUUUGAGGAGGGGCAGAUUCAAGCAAAUCUGUCAUCAUUAAAGGUCAGCUGGAGAGACCCGUAUCCCCUCCCUUCACUGGGGACCCAAAAAUCAGAAGCAAUGCUUUCCUCUUCCCUCUUCCAAACCCCUCCACGCUGUGCCUCCACCACCCCAGCAUGGGCUCCCUGUCCAGAGUUAGAUUCCUGUCAGGACGCCACCCCCACUGAGCUAAGGACCAACAAAGCAAAAUAACUGCCCCUCCCCUGACCCCCAGCCAGCCUGAGAAAUAGCAUUGGGAAAGGCUCAGAUUGCAGAAACGCCCUGCCCCUGCCCCCUGCAUCCUGCCCCCAACUGGGUGCCAAAGCUUCCUGAAACCAGAAAGGUCUCUCCUGAUGACAAAGCAGCUCAGCUUCUUCUCCCUCCCCACCCCCAUGGGAAGGAGCAGUCACCCUGUCACCCUGCAGCUAUGCUCCCAACACACCCCCACGCAGCCAGCACUGCCUGUGCCCCCAUCAUGCCCUUUUCCUCCUCCCUGGACCUUGGCUCCAGGACCUGGAACUGGGUGUGAAGGCUCCCCAAGCCCUUCAGGCCUGAAACCCGAGCCAAAUCAGCCUUAAGUCACCUCCCAUCCAAGAACUGAACCUAAAAAUACUCCCUUAUUUCUAACCUUCAGGGCAGACUUGGUAUGAAAAGCUUUUCCAGGAGGAAGGGUGCUUUCCCAUCUCCCCAGAAGUACCCAUCCCAUAACCUUGGAGACUGGGGAGAAAGUCUCUUCUGAAGGCCAAUUUCUCCCUUCUCCCCCAACUCAUAUAACUUCUCCCUCUUUUCGGGUUCCACCUCUGUCCUGUCUUUGGACAUACUCCAGGGCAGGGUGAGAGGGCAGUGACAGAAGGCGCCCACUUUGAAGCCCCUUGGAAAAGCCUGCUGUUGUCCAUGGUUUAUGGACUCUGGCAGACACUGCCUUUCCCUGUGCUCCAAGGAAGGAGGCAGUGUUUGCCCUGGGGCUUGAGCCUUCUCCACCAUCCCUGUUGUGCUAAGGACUAGGAUCCUUUUAUCCCAAAGCAGGAGUUCCUCCAUUCCCCAAACUCCCCAGCCCAUCUGCUUAAACUGGAAUACCGUGGGAGCCCUCCUGACCUGCUCAGAUCUCCCAGCUUCCAGCCCAGCCCGCCUGACCCUGUUUUGGUGAGUUGCCAGGUUUGGUCUGAGUUGUGGCCCCUUCAAAGUGGACUCCAGGGGAGCUGGAGCUGGCCCCUGGAGGGUUAGGGGACCAUCCUCUUUUUCCCCCUUCUCAUUCCUCCAACCUCAUUUCCCCCCUUCAAUUGUUGUGGGUUGUUUGUUUGUUUGUUUGUUUGUUUGUUUGUUUGUUUGUUUGUUUGUUUUGUAAAGUGGAUGCCUUUUUGGAUAAAUAUUUUUGAAGCUGGCAUUUCUAUUUCUUUGGGGUUUUUUAAUGUAUGGUUGUUCUGGGGAGAAGGGAGUUAGUUAUACCUGGAUAAUAAUCUUCUGUCUUUCAGUUGGUUUAGGUUUUAGAAGGUUCAUUUGUUUUGUGAAGGGUUUGGGUUUUGUUUUUUUUCUUUUGAUGUA